UAUAGAUGAAGUUUAUAUCCACUUCUAUUAAAUUUAAGAGCCAACCCGUUACAAAGUAGGUAACCUGUAUCACGACCCGACCCUCACCUGCGGAAGUCCUCAACACCAUCUCUCCCUCGUGGAGGAAGAGACCAAUUUUUCUUUUUACAUACAUCUACCAUGCGAUCCAACAUCGCAACAUUGGCACUGUCGUCGUCGCUGCUCUUUGCGGCGGCGGCGGCGGCGCGAGACAUACCAGAAAACAUCAAGAAGCUCCGAGAGUCCAUCAUCGCCAGAGGAGACUGCGAGAAGAAGCUAGCCAGCGGCUUUCGCACAGUCUCCACAGAUGAAAAGACUGGCUCAUACUGCGGAGACAUGCUCGACUCGGCAGGCAUCAUCUACCAGCAGAUGCCUGGCGGCAAGCUGAGCGACAUGGAUAUUGACUGCGACGGACAACAGGCCGGACGCCAGAAGGAUGACGGCCGCUGCUCCAAGAGCAAGGAUACGCAGGCCCAGACGUCGUUUGCCGAUACCCUCCAGAGCUAUAACGUCAGCGUCAAGGACCUGAACCCGUUUGUGCACUCGUACAUCGUCUUUGGCAACUUGGGGAAGCCCGGCUGGCCCGAGUUCAGACCCAACCUUGUCACCGACAAAAACGGAAAGAAGGUGGAGCCGCUCAGCGUCGUGGCCGUUGUGUGCGGCGACAAAAUGUUCUACGGCGUCUGGGCUGAUGAAAACGGCCCCGAUGGUGAUCAUCCCAUGAUGGGCGAGGCAGGGAUUGGACUGGCCACGGCCUGCUACGGUGCUUCCGAGGUAAACGGCGACAACGGCCACAGCAACAACGACGUACUGUACCUCGCUUUCACUGGAGAGGAUGCCGUCCCGGGCGCAAAGGGCGCCAAGUGGGACGCCGGCUCGUUUGAAGAAUUCGAGUCCAGCCUGCAUUCCAUCGGGGACUCGCUCAUCAAGAGGAUAGACGGCUCUGUCCCCGGGAAGUCGAGUAACAAGAGGACCAUACAGCAUGAAUACUCGGCAGAAGAGGUUCGCCGCAGCCGCCCUGGACGGAUGCUACGCCGCCAGACCGCCGAGGAUAAGCCUCCGUAUAUCGAGCACCAGGCUCCCGUUCCGUCUGAGGCUGACGCGACGGUGGCGCAUGCCAAGGAAGAGGAGAGCAAGGACAGUCUCAAGAUGGAGACGAGCGGUGGAAUCAAGGACAAUGGCGACAUGGGUGAGAAGCCCAAGGAUCCUCCCAAAGAUGAUAAACCCAAAGAUCCUCCCAAGGACGACAAGCCUAAGGAUCCUCCCAAGGCGGAGCCUCAAAAGCCCGGACCCGACGGCAGCAUGGACAGUCUGAAGAUGGAGACAGGGCCGGGUAUCAAGGAUAAUGGCGAUAUGGGUGAAAAGAAACCGGAGAACAAGAAGCCCGAGGACAAAAAGCCUGACGAUAAGAAACCAGAUGAUAAAAAACCCGAUGACAAGAAGCCGGAUGACAAGAAACCUGACGACAAAAAGCCCGACGAUAAAAAGGCGGACAAUAAGGACAAGCCAAAAUUGAGUCCCCAAGGUUUUGAGAUCAUCGACCCAAUGGCGAAAGACUACAACCGAUGGGACAAGGGUCUUGAAGGAGAUGGCAAACCUGACGACAAGAAGCCCGAUGAUAAGAAGCCAGACGACAAGAAACCGGACGACAAAAAGCCAGAUGACAAGAACAAACCCAAGAUGAGCCCGCAGGGCUUUGAGAUUAUUGAUCCCAUGGCAAAAGACUACAACAGGUGGGACAAGGGCCUUGAGGGCGAUGGGAAGCCGGAUGCAAAACCGGACCAGCCCAAAAAGGACGAGCCAAAGAAGGACGAGCCAAAGAAGGACGAGCCAAAGAAGAAUGAGCCACCAAAGAAGAGUCCUCAGGGUUUUGACAUUAUUGAUCCGAUGGCCAAAGACUAUAACAGAUGGGACAAGGGCUUAGAGGGAGAUGGCAAGCCUGAAGCUAAACCUGAAGCCAAACCCGAGGCUAAACCCGACGGCAAGCCUGAUCAAAAACCGGAGCCGCCCAAGGACGACAAGAAAGAGGCAGAAAAAAAGGAGGCGGAAAAGAAGGAAGCCGAGAAAAAGGCGGCAGAAGCAGCAGCGAAGAAGGAAGCCGAUAAGAAGGAAGCAGAGAAGAAGGAAGCAGAGAAGAAGGAAGCAGAGAAGAAGAAUGAACCCAAGGCGAGCAAGUUGCCAAUCACCAAGCGGCCAGAAGUCGAAGGGUUCAUGAAAUAG